AAAUGUGACAAGGGGAUCCCCACGUGUAACAUGUGCCUGAGAUAUAGAAGGCAUUGCCUUUACGAAAAAUACUCGCGCACACCACUUACGAGGAAACAUCUCACUGAAGUCGAAGAAAGACUAGAACAAGCGGAAGCUCUAAUCCGGCAACUGAGACAUGCAGAAAGUUCGGAAAAAUCCCACGAAGAUGACUUUGAGAGUCCGCCAUCAACAGGUGAAUUUGGAUGGGAUGAGCACAGGGCUGCCCAUCCGGCAUCACCAGGAGAGCUCCCAACGAGCGAUUUCAACGAAACAAGACAGAUAUUAGACGGCAUGGCCUCUUUGACCGUUUCCGAACAACAAAGCGGUUAUCUUGGAAUCGCAUCGGGCGCCGCUUUCUUACGCCUUUUAGAGCCCGCCCAAGCUAAGAACACAUACGGCUAUACGCAAACUGAAGCGGACAGACACUUUUCACUCAUAACGCUGCCUAACAUGAAUAAACACAUAGCCGACAGCAUGAUUGAUGCCUACUUCAGAAUAUAUCAUGUCAGCUAUCCUAUCGUCCAUGAACCGACCUUCCGAGCUCAGUACUCUGAAGUUAUUCCAAGACCUAGCGGAGGAUCUUGGUUUAUUCUGGCUUAUACUAUGGCAGCUCUUGGGGUGUAUACCACUGCUACUACAGUGAACAGUCUAGACCUUGAUCUCUUCAAUCAUAUCAAGGGUUUACUGUCUUUUGACUUGCUGGAAAUCGGCAGCUUGGCAUUGGUUCAGGCUCUGACUUUAAUUUCCAAUUAUCAGCAAAAGAGAGACAAGCCCAAUUCUGCGUACAGCUACUCGGGAUUGGCCGCUAGGAUGGCUAUGGCGCUAGGGCUGCAUAAAGACUUCCAAGGGUGGAAGAUAUCGCCUUUGAGCAUGGAAAUCCGACGCAGAGUGUGGUGGACAUUAAGCAUAUUUGACAUUGGUGCAAAUAUCACCUUUGGACGGCCCCAAGUGUGCCCGCUUGAUGGUGUCGAUACAUCAUUACCAAUGAAUAUUCACGACAAGGAUCUAACCGCCAUGUCCAAAUCAUACCCUUCUGAUCCGCACGAAAUCACUGUUUAUACAGCAGUUCGAACACAAGCACAAUUUGCCAUCGCUACAAACCCAAUCUACAUUCGAAUAAUUUCCAAACCUUUACCCAGUGCAAAGGAGCUGCUUCAAUUGGAGGCUCGCUGUCUUGAACCAUGGGCAAAAAACACGCCCGAAUAUUUCUCAGAGGCGGCGUCCGUACCGGCAAAAUACGCCUUUGCUCAUUCUGUUAUACAGUGGAGGUGGCGAAACUUUCGCAUGAUUAUGUAUCGACCUUUUGUCAUCCGACGCGCUUUGCUUGCGCGUAACGGCCGUAAAGACAACUUGAGUGCAGAGUCGCUCCAGGCUUACGAUCGAUGCUUGGAGGAUGCCAAGCAAACCAUAAUAUCUAUAAGCGAUUUUUGGGCAUCGUGCAAUCAUAUCCGCCUAUUUGCGUGGUAUGCAUUAUACUUCCUCUUCCAAGCUGCUUUAAUCCCGUGUAUUUGUCUUCGACACAGCAUCAAUUCUCCACAGGCGCCUGACUGGCGGGAUCAAAUCGAUACUUCCCUCAAAGUUCUUGCAUCAUUGGUGGCAGUGAAUCCAAGCGCUAGAAGAUGCCACCAAGUAAUUGUCAGCCUCUGCGGCACUCAUCUGGCCUCGGCAAUACCUCUUUUGGAAGAUGUCGACGCACAGGAUCCGAAUCGCGGAGAAGAUUCCAGUGGUAUAUACGGCGGCGCGCACCACCAAUCAUCCGACGUUGACGGUGACAGAUCGAUGGUCGCCGCAGAUGCUUCUAAUGACCAAAUGGAUGCAGUAUUUUCGAUGAUGUGGCCAAAUGCACUGCUUGAUGGUGGCCAAGAGCAAGAUGAUUCCUGGAUGGAUUUUCUCAACGGGAUGUAGGAGCAUAACAAUCUCUAAAUAAACGUCGCAUUUUGCUUUGAUAC